AUGCCACGGAACCGCCAGAUGAAGAAGCAUCUACGCAAAAUAGAGAUGAGGAAGACGGCACACAGGAGACGAAUCGCAACGGGCCAAAUAUACGAUUUACGGGCGCACGCGACGGGCAACCUCCCCACAGCCAACAACCACUUGGCCGAUACUCCAGACUCAUCUACAACGAAACAAAUCAAGGCUCAACUACAGAACGGCUCGUCCGGAAUGGGCACAGCUUUCGCUGAUCCAGUGCUCGAUGCUCUCCGCCACGGCAAGAUCAAUGGAGCCUGGAAAGCGUUUGAGAGCAUCUAUACUUCACGCGACUGCAAAGCCUUGACAGAGCCAACAGAUCGCGAUGCGCAGCUGUUAAGUGAAGACCGGGUAUUUGCGAAACUCCUCAGAGCCGUCUCGAGUACCUUUUGCGCAGCCAGCCCGGGUUUGAAGGUUACACCAACUGCAGUACUUCUCAAAUAUGAGCAGCUUGGCAUUGCUCGGAAGGAGUACUGGGUUAGACCAACAAUAGGUUAUCUGACGUAUGAAAUCAUACGUGCUGUAAACACCCCAUCUGGAUCGGCAAGAGACAUCCCUUCACUAGUCACGGAGCUGCUGUCUGUAUGGCGACUCUUCUUCCAAUGCAUGGGGCCAGGGAGCGGUACCAUAGAGUCUGUCAGUACUGAAUGGCACUUACCACCUGUCGACACAAUUCCGGAUAUGCUUGAUCAGAGACAAUUUAACAUGCGCUUGCAAGGCUACAUUCCCAACUAUGUCGCUAGUCCUGCCUUGGCUUUUUGUGCUGUAUAUUUCUACGGUAUUUCGGACGCACUGGAUCCAAAGACACAAAAAGAAGCCGCUCCCUUUCUAGCCUUCCUUAGACAGCUACUCGCCGGCUCAUUUGUAGACUCAGUAUUGAAACACACAGAAACCCCGGACUUUAAGAAACUACCAGAAGAUGUCCAGGUCACGAUUAUGGAGGAAAUUAAUGACGCUCCACGAAAAGCCCUAGUAGCUCUUGGAAAAGCCGGCGAGACCCUUGGUCCAGAUAAUACAGGCGACGAGUACACCAACUUGGAAGCAUUCUAUAUGACCAGGAUAGGGCGUGCUGUGUCAAGCAAAGGCUCGGCAGCCACGCUGGACAGCAUGUGGCGAGAGACUGAGAAAACAUACGCCGCGCAAGACAAGACUAUACCCCCCGCUAUAUACAACGCCUUUCUUUCUGGGUACAUGACUGUUCUCAGCCCACAGCGCUCCGUCGAGGUCUGGAACCACAUGAUCGCUCACAAGGUCGAGCCAAAUAUGCACUCCUGGGUUGCGCUUUUGGAAGGAUGCGCAAAGGCAAGGGAUCUGGAUGGCCUCAACGCAAUGUGGCAGCGCAUGCUAAGAACCGGUCUAGAGCCAAGCAACUAUGCUUGGACGGCCCGUAUCAACGGCUUGAUGUCCCUGAAACAGGUCAACGAAGCCUUUGUCGCUCUGGACGAUAUGGGCAAACGCUGGGUUGCAGCCGAGCACGCUCUCGCCAACUCUCAGAAGCAGACCAAAGGACAAAAGGGUCCCAAAAAGGUCCAAUCUUCCAGCAAAGCAGCGAACCCAUGCACAAAGCCUUCUAUCGAGGUCAUCAACGGCGCCAUAUCCGCCAUUGUACAAAACCGUAGCGAGAGAAUGCACCACCAGAAGAAAGUAGAGUUAGUACAAAAACUACUCACCUGGUCGAGGAACUUCCAAAUCAAACCCGACGCCAUCACAUACAACUCUCUCGUGCAGCUCUACCUUCGAGCAGGCGACCGGAGCACCGCCUUCAAGAUCCUCGCCCAGAUGGAAAAAGACGGACUGGAAGGCGACGCAGCCACACACACGAUGCUCAUCAGCGCCGCCUUCGACAACCAAGUCUUCGACAACCUCACCUCAACCCAACAAACCGAACGCAUCCUCAAGAUCCUAAACGACCUCGAAGCCAACGGCCUCAAAAUGAACGACUACAUCUACGCCACAGCCAUCGACCGUCUCCUGAAGAAAUACUCCAAUUUCCACGCCAUGCGCGCCGUCAUGGAACACAUGACAUCCCGCAAAUUCGUCCCCAGUGUCCACGUCUACACUUCGCUUAUAACACACUACUUCCAGUCUGACCCCCCCAACAUCGCCGGCGUCGACGACAUCGUCCUCCGCCUCUUCAGCGCACCGCGCAUGCCCAGUGACCGCGUCCUCUUCGACCGCUUGCUAGAAGGCUAUGCGUCCUUUGGCGAGGUGGGCAAGAUGAUGAGCGUGCUCACGCGCAUGAGCAAAAAACAGAAUCUGCCUGGUUGGGGCGCCAUGGCCGCUGUUGUGCGUGCGUUAGCUCAAGAUGGCGAUUACGAGCGUGCGCGCGCGAUUGUGAGGGAUGUGGCGCGUGGUGAGGGGGUAGCGAGAGGGGGUAUCAUGGGGGAUCGGAAGGGAGAGGCGUUUUUCGUAAGGACGAUUCGCGAGUUGGGGUUGGCGGGGGAGAUGGACGGUGGGGAGUAUAUGGGGGGUGAGGGGAGGGGAGUGGGGGAUUUUGAGGGGGGGAUGAUGGGCCAGCAAGAGUAUCAGCAGGCGACUGCGCAGUUCGAACAGGUUGAAAGUGCGCAGUAUGGUCAGCAAUCACAGCAGCAGCAGUAUCAGCAGCCGCCUGUCAUGGAGUAUAGUCACGAUGGCACGACCACUGGGCUUGAGCGCGAGCCUGGUAGCGUGGAUGAGGAGGAUGUUCAUGGCUUCCUUCGGGAUGAGCCUGAGCAGGGUGAGAAGAGGAUAUAG